GCUCCUCUUGGUGCGCCCGGAUACGGCCUAAAAGGGUGGCAUCAUGUGAUUGGGUGAAUGUGACGUGGAAGGCCUGGGAGAUAUUCUCCAGCUGGUAACGAGAUACCUGAGUCGUCAUUGAAGAUGAAUGGCUCACCGCAAAACUCGGAGGCCGUUGGCUCCAGACGAUCUGGGGUUGAGAACAGUGAUGAUGAGGAUUGGAGCACUAUCGUUGAAUGUGCGGUGCUGGAGCGAUCCAAGGCGGAUCGAGUGACCCGGAGUGAUGAGGACCGUCGACGCCGCACUAUCAUUGUAGAGAAGAAAAAUGGAACGUAUGGUUUUACAUUACAGAGCUAUGGAAUUCACUACAAAAGAGAGCAAGAAAUCGAGAUGGUGACGUACGUCGACUACGUGGAGUACGACGGUCCAGCGUUCAAAGCAGGGAUGCGUGAGGGAGACGUCAUUCUCUCGAUAAACGGCCACGAGAUGGAUCGGGCUGACCACAAGACCCUCGUGAAUUUCAUAAAAAAUUGUGACUCCCGAAUGCGAAUGGUCGUCUCCUUCGAGGAUUGCGUCAGAAAGGUAGAGCUCCACAUGCGGUACAUCGAGCUUCAGCGUGCCCUGCAGACACGUCUCUCCGAAUUAGAACGUCUCUGCGAGCGUGAAAAAGCGAUACUGAUGGGCAGAUGGAAGACACACUCACUGCCAGCGAGAAAACGCACUCCUAAUUGCGGAGGAAGUGAUCAAACUCCUGGGUCGGGGGUUUCGGCUUUGAAUACAUCGACUAUGCAGUGCUGCAGACCAGCAACAUCAACGGAACAUCUUUUAUUAUACAGCGUUUACGCAGACGGUCGUCCGUGCCUUAUCCCUCGCAGCACAGCAUGCCUAGUCGCGGUGGGCCCCCCUCGAUCGCGGAGCGACCACCACCACUUUCUCUCAAAGGCCUCAAACGACUCGACAAUCUCCUCCCGCCACAGCUACCACCAGGCCAACGGCUCCUCGACCCCGGCUAAGUCCAAGCCCUCCCACAAAGCCCCAUCCCCAUCCUGCUCCUCAAAAGACUCCAACACUCAUCACCCCCCGUCCCACACGAGCAACAGCCUGUGCGUAGCCUGCAUCUCCAGUGCCAAUCGCCGACGAGACCCCGCAGACGGAGCAAGCCUAGACGUCUACGACCUAGCAAGUCCCUGUUGCGAUCCAAAUUGCGUUCCAAGUAGGAGGAGACGAGAGAAGCAACGAAGAGCGAGGAAUGAGGCUCAGCAGCAGGCUCAGCAACAGGGCCAGCAGUCCCAGCACCAGCAGCAGCAACACCACAAUCAGAAGGAGCAGAGCCAACCCCAACAGCACAGCGGACACUCUUGUCCCCGGGCAUCGGGUCACAGUCUCCACUCGGUAACCUCCAGCGACGUCUCCACAACCGUUGAGAGUGUCGCCUCCUGCUCGACUUCCUUGAGCACAGACACUCUGUACUGGGACCCCAACGUUCAACACCGACCACCCGCCUGCAUUCAAUACGCAAAGCCUAAAUCAUGGGACAAUCUCACGACCAAAGCGUUCGGAGGGUACGGCUUUGGCUAUGGGUACCUGGACACUGCCUCCAUCAAGACGCACAGUGCCGAGAGGCCGGGGAAGAGCCACAGCAGGGCCAAAACCCCCACGUCCUCCAGUCAGAGGAGGUCCGGGGGGUCUGCGCACUCGGGAGGCUCCAGUGGAACUUCCAACAGACAUUUUCAGCCGACCAAGUCCACGGAGAGCUUACUCGUGCAGAGCCCGUAUCAGAGUGAGGUCGACUCCUCGAGUUUGAGCUGCGAGUGUCUUGAUGGGAAUGGCAGGUUUAUGCAUAAGAGGCAGGAGGAGGGCGCGUAUGCCGGGGGGAGUGGGCAUCAUCAGGCGAGAAACCGGAGGAGCAGCCAUGGCGAUGGCAAACUCAGGCCUGCCGCUAAUGCGGGGUCCGAGGUCACCAGAUUGUAAUGAGUA